AUGCGUGAGUAUGAGAGAAGGGUGCGACUGUUUGAGAGCAGUACGGGGAUUGACCCAUCGUAUCGUGCUCAGAAGCUGAUGGAGAAGCUCUCGGGUCAGGCCUGGUUGGCGACCGAGUCAAUCGACCUUGACUUCUUGAAACACCCCCAGGGAGUGGAUCGGCUGCUCAAACACUUGUGGCAGGAGUUAGAACCUCUUGAGCACCUGAAGAUCUUCACUACCCUCACCGAGUUCUACAAGGACUUCAGACGUGGUGCUGGGCAAGAGUUCGUUGCGUUUGACCUCGAGUUCCGAGCUCACCUAAAACGUCUUGAGGAGAUUGGCGGCAAGAUCGAUGGGGUGACCAAGGCGUACUGGUUCUUGGAGAAGGCGGGACUCUCCAUGGACCUUCGUAAACAAGUGGUGGCUGCGGCAGGGGGUGAGUAUGACUACACUCGCUUGAGGAAAGCGCUCAUGGCCAUUGUACCGAAGGUUCGCAAGGACGAGGACCAGAACCACCUUCCCAGGAGUGCAUCGCAUAGACAAUGGAAACCCAAACCUCAUCAUGCCCCGCGACAGGUGCAUGCAACCAUGGAUGGGGGAGAUGGAUUGGAUGAAGAAUAUGAGGAUGAAGAGACGGGGCAGGCAUCCGAGAAUGCUAGCGAGCUUGAGGGAGAGCUAGAAGUGCUGCUCACACAGGCAGCUCGCAAGCGGGCAGAGAUCGAGAAGGCCAGGGGCUUCGCGAAGACGGAGAGCUCCCAGGAGAGGGAGCAGAGAAUCAAGCAGAUGAAAGCCAAAAUGCCAUGUAGUGCCUGUAAGGCUCAUGGGAAGACUGUAUAUGGGCACUGGCAUAGUGAUGCGACGUGCCCCUACAACAAGAAGAACCAGGACAAGAGCGUUUUGGCUGUUGUUGAGGAACAGUUGACCGACAGUGCGAGUGAUGACGAGGAGUUUGGACCCGACGGGGAACCGGAGAACGAAGAUGUCUUCGUUUGCAUCGAGGAGAGCUGUGUGCUGCAGGAAGUCUGUGGAGAUCGGAAGUCCCUCCGAGGUGCACGAGACCCACUCAAGUAUGUCAUGGCUCUCAGUGAUACAUGUUGCGCAAGGACAGUGGCUGGAGAGCGAUGGAUGCGGAAGCACAUGCAUCACCUGCAUGCUAUGCACGAAGAUGUCUACAUCGUCGACGAGGCCCGUCCCUUUCGCUUUGGAGGGGGACCUCGAGUGAUGUCGUCCUAUGCAGCCAUCAUACCUCUACACCUACAGGGAGCAGAAAAGGCUGUGCAACUGAGAGUGAGCAUUGUCGACCAGGACGUUCCUCUCCUGCUGAGCAAAGCGGUGCUGAAGCAUCUCGGCGCAGUCAUGAACCUUGCAGAGGGAACCGUGAGAUUCGCCGAGUUGAACACCACAGUUCAGUUGAGGGAAACCAAAACGGGACUAUGCGGCUUCGAGAUCAACAAGAUAAAGCCCCAAGCCCACAGGCGUUUCGAAGAACCGGUGCUUCAAGGUGAAGAUGAAAUUAUCGUGGGAAACAGCCCGCAGGUCAUGCAGAACAUCAUGAGUGUCAAGACGGGCAACUCAUCGGAGUCUCCUUUCAGUGGGAACCCGAGAAGUCUUCGACAGGAGUGUGAAGAUUUUGCCAAGUCCCUACUGCGUAAAAAGGAUUUCACAUACCAAGCACUGCUCGAAUUGGCGAGGCAUCUACCAACUGGGCAUGGAGUACGACAUCGAAAUGCAGCGGGAGGCAAAGGCCCGAUUAACUUGCCUUGGAUUGGUGGAUUGUAUGUGCACGGGAACAAGUGUGACCUUACGAAGAAGACAGUGAGGUAUCCCAAUGUUGUCCGGUAUAUCAAUACUUUCAUGCGAGACAAAGUAGAUCAUCCUUGGACGUCCUUCUACCUUGCACGUGAUGUUCACAUGCAAAUGCACAUGGAUUCAAACAACCGGAAGGGAAGCAAGACGACCUCGGUGACCUUCGGCCACUUCCAAGGAGGUGAGCUAUGGGUAGAGCUAGGGCAUGACGAGGAUUCUUCAGCAUCAGAUGUCGUUUGGAAACAGGACCUCAAUGGGAUAUCCCGACCUGGGAGAUUGACAUCCACUUUCCAGAAUCCUCGUGAGUUUGAUCCGCAUUUACGACAUGCUACACAUGAGUGGACCGGAGAACGAUGGUGUCUGUCGGUCUAUAGUGUUCGAGAGACAGCCGAGGUGGAUGAGAUCUGCUGGAAGGUGCUCAGCAAGCUGAAAUUUCCAUAUCGUGCCAAGAAUCGAUCCAGGACCUUUGGGGAGCAUAGAGAGCAUGAGCCAGCCUUCAUGUCAUCUCAAGACCGAGAGCCGCUUCACCAGAGCAGGGAUGACAUGAGCAAAACUCCGCAGCUUUUUCAGUUUGAAACCCAGCUGAAGCCCGAGGAUUUCGUGCAGGCCAUUGCGGCAAGGUGUCAAGUCAAGGAACCGGAUCUCCGACAGCGCACGACGGAUCGCUUGAAGGAGAUUUGGGCUGCGCUCAAGCCCAAGAAGUACAGUGUCCUGCCGGCAAACUGGAGGAAGUUCGAUGUGGAGACACUGAAGCAGUUGUAUGCCGAGAAGGCAGCGUCGGAUCUCGGGAGGGAUCUGGAUGGGCACUGGAGCCGCUGGAAGCGCAGCGCCCUGAUCUUGGAGCUGGAGAUGUGGGUGAUCCAAGUGGAAGAGGCCCAGCUGCUCGACGAUCAAUGCGACCAUCCACACCCAGUGUGCCCAACCUGCAAGAUACCGAUGAUGGUUCGGACAAACAGGUUGUCGCGACAGGACUUCUACGGAUGCCUCCGCUUCCCCAACUGCAAGUGCACAUUACCGAUGACGUACGACGGGAGGCCGACCAAAGAUGUGCAGCAGGAAAUGGAGCUCCACAAGAUCCAGAAGCAAGAGGCAGCCUCGAAGCCGAUGAACGGAAAACGAGGGCCAAACAGUCUGGCAACAUCGUCGGAUGGUUCUUGGGCAAAGGCCGAAGCGAUCCCGGUGGACGACGAGACGGGGAGCGACCAGGAGAAGGUCUUCAAUGCGAACGUGUCCAAAGACGAGCUCCAGAUGAUCAUCGAGAAGCGGCAGGCGAAGAAUGGAGCACCGACGGACAAGAAGGAGGUUCGUAGCCGCAUCAAAGUGGGUCAAGCUAGGAGGGCUCACUUGAAGAAAGGGGUCAUCAAGAGACUGCUGGGGAAUGCCAAAGCGCUAACAGCAGCUGUGUGCAUCACUUCGGCUGCACUCCUCGGCGCUGCCAUCCAGGCAGUGCCAUCUUUGUCGAGGGCACGGCCAGAUUUGUUGGAGAUUCAUGACGGUCAGGUUAAGGUAGCCAAAUCUUUCUCCCGAUGGGGUUGGCGUGUCUAUGACUCUGUGGAUGUGCGCGGAAAUUUUGGUGACAGGGAAGCUCAGGAGGACAUGUUUCAAAGGAUAGAGGAAAUUCAGCCACGAUUGAUCAUCAUGUCUAAUUGUUGCCCUCGCAAUCCUCCUGUGUAUGGGGGAACUAGAAACCGAAGUCAAGAAGAAAGAAGGGCCAAGAAGUGGAGAGAGAGACAGAAGGCCGGAGUUGAGCUGGUUGAGAGGGUGUUCAAGAGUCAGAUAGACAGAGGUGAUCAUGCGCUUGCAGAGCUUCCCUUGAACAGCACGUGGGGUGUUCGUGGCCUGGCAGGGACCAUGCUGAACCAUCCAAAUGUGAAGUGUGUGCAUGUCAAGCGUGAUGUUGAUGGGGUCAGAAACGACAAUGAUGCAUGGGUCACGAAUUGCGAACACAUUGCAAAUGAACUUGAGAAGAUCGACAGGCUGGCGACCGCUCGAGGGAAUGCAUCUAGAAACCAUGAGAGGUCAUGUAUUGCUCAGGCCAUCUGUGUUGGAUACGUUAACAACUUGAAAGAGUGUGACCCAGGACGUGUGCGGAAGCUUCUUCGCAGUCUGUCAGUUCGUAUCCGGAACAAAGUCAGAACUGAUGAUCGAGACAUCCACGACCUUCGCUGGAAUGAGAAAAAUGUUGCGAAGGCAUUGAAACGUUGGCAUGCUGUGUUUGCACAAGAGGGAGAGAUCGAAGACGAUGGUCAAUCAGAUGAAGAGAUGAUACCCCACUCGGAGGAGCCACGAGAUACAGAUAUGGGGAAUCCUGGCGAUGAGAAUGUGGAGCGUUCUGUGCCUCCGACUGAACAGGUGAAGUCACGUUUGUCCACAGAGGGAAUUGCGUUUGAGGUUCCGUCGGGAAAACACCUGAGUGAAGGCGUCCGUGAGGGGCUGAUUAAAGCCCAUUGCAACUUGGGACAUCCCAGUCCCAGUGACUUGGAACGGUUCCUGAAAUUAGGAGGGGCACGGCAAGAUGUGGUUGAGGCUGUUCGAUGGAUGAAGUGUUUGACUUGCGCUCAUAGCAGACGACCUAGUACCCAUCGGGUCUCAAGUAUCCCUCCGUGCCAAGUCACUUUCGGCGAUGAAGUUCAGUUGGAUUGCAUCUGUAUUCAUGACAGUAACAAAGAGUCGUUUUGGUAUCUCUCGAUUCUCGAUCGGGCUACGUCGUAUCACAUCCUGGAGUUGCUUCGAGAUCACACCCCUCUUGAACUUCAUAGAGCUUUUGAUCGUGCCUGGAUGAAAUGGGCGGGACCUCCUUUAAAAGUCACCGUGGACCUGGAGGGAGGUUUUCAAGGUCGUCAGUUUUGGGAAGAGGUCACUCAAGCCGGAACGAGUAUCUCAGCGGUGGCAGGAACUGCUCAUUGGCAGGCGGGCAAAGUAGAGAGACACAACCAAACCGUGAAGGACAUGCUGAUGGGAGACCAGGGAAGUGAACUCGCUCAUCGAAUGCGGUACAGGUAUCACGCGAAGAUGGAGUUCAUUAAGAGUCAGGUCCGGGAUAUGUUGUGGGGCUCCAGGGAGGCCUUGGAACAGGAAGAGUUUGCACGUGAACUUGCGCAGGAUGUUGAUGUUGAUGUUGAGACCGCCACCAGUUCUGAUGCUCAUGUGCAUGCUGUCUACCAAAAGGCCACCCAGAGCAAGAACAAACUGAAGAAAAUGAUGGAAAAGGAAAUCCCUUUCGAUAAAAUUCCCCAAGAGCAGAGAAGCCUGUAUAAGGCGGCGGAGGAGAAAGAAUGGAACUCAUGGCUUGAGUAUGACAGCUGCGAGAUCUUAAGCCCCGAAGCCAGUGAAGCUGUCGAGCAAGAACGGCCGGAACGGAUCUUGCCAAGUAGGUAUGUCUUUCGAAACAAGAAUGCUGGGUUGAGGGAUGCUAAUGGAAACGAACUUCCGGUAAAGGCUAAAGCUAGAUUGUGCAUUCAAGGACACUUGUGUCCUGACAGCAGAUCAGGCCAGGUGCAGGUCGACUCGCCUACUAUCGAACGUGUCUCCACUAUGGUGUUCCUUCAUCAAGUCAUCAGUUUAGGAUGGGUGGGAAACUGGUACAUUGGAGACAUCUCGAACGCCUUUCUCCAAGGGGCUCCUUUGAAAGACAAGCCCGACAUGUUCAUGAGGCAGCCCAAACAAGGGUUGCCAGGGUUGAAGCCAGGUCAACUCCUAAAGCUUUUGAAACCAGUGUACGGACGACCAGAUGCGCCCCGUGCUUGGUAUGAUGAGCUAUCACGUAUCUUGGAAACAGAACUUGGAUUCAGCAAAUGCCAAGCGGAUCCUGCCAUGUUUGCCCUGAGGGACGGUGCCGGAGCCUUGAGAGGGCUCAUGAUAGUACACGUAGAUGACGUGAUGAUUGCCCACGACGGAAGUACCCAAGGCGCGAAUAUGGUAGAGGCUUUGUGUGCACGUUUCCCAUUCGGAACUUGGAUGAAGGUGUCUGAGCAACCAUGUGGUGUGAGCUACUGCGGAAAAGAAAUCAAGCUCGAUUCUCGAGACGGUGAACAGUGUAUCAUCUUGACUCAGAACGCUUUCAUCGACGGGAGACUGCAGCCUAUGCAAAUCAGUGGGGCUCGUGCAAAAGAGCUGGACUGUCCGGCUACGGAUACCGAGAAAACCGACUUUAGGUCUGUGGUAGGUAGUCUGCAGUGGUUGACAGUCCAGAGCCGACCUGAUGUUGCGUUUGAGUGCAAUCAGUUGCAGAAGCGAGUGUCAGACCUGAGAGUGAGAGAUCUCCUUAGGGCCAACAAGGCUGUGAAAGAAGUGAUCCGUAAUCGGUUUGAGAUCGUGUUUAAGUCACUCGGACAUGAUGCGGAAUUAGUCACCUUUCAUGAUGCCGGAUUGUACAGCAGUGUUGGCGUGGAGUUGGAUGAGAGAGAGUGCGAGGAUUUGUUGCAACAAGGCCAUGAGAAGAAGCUCGUUUACUCUCAAAAAGGCGCAUGUGUUGGUUUCGUGAAACGAGGCAGUACCAGUCAGGAAGGUAGAGCUCACUUUAACCUGAUAGACUGGAAAAGUGCAACAAACCGUCGGGUGGUGGAAUCAUCCUUUGCCGCCGAGACACAUGGAGCGUUGAUGGCCCAGAACAUGUCCCGAUUUGCCCAAGUCCUCUUAGGGGAGAUUAGGUACGGAUCGGAGAUCAUUUCGGCGGUUGAAGAUGAUGGUUGGCAGCAGCUGUGCCCUGUCACCUUGGUUACGGAUUGUAGAAGCAUAUAUGAUACUGUUCAUAAAGACGGCCAACACGUAGGGGAGAAAGGUGUCAGCUGGCUGACGGUCUUACGAAGGCUAAUCGAGGUGCUCAACAGCUAUUGGUGGAACGACGCACCAGCCCCCGGGAGUCUUCAGGGGGAACUCGCCAACGAGACCGCGCGCGUGCGGCGCAAAGCCUGGCGCCAGGCCGACCGGGACCGCCUUGAGGACAUUGAGGUCGUCAGGCGACAGCGACAGCUGCUCCUCUUGCUUCAGCGGGAGGAGCUUCGGACAGAGCUGUCGGUCAACUUGCCGCCGUCCUUUCCACUCAGGCCAGCGCAGGCCGAGUUCCCCGAGAAGAUGUCCCGGCCUCGGAGUGGGGCGGUCGUGCUCUGGACUUUAAUGGGCAAGCUGCGGCCACUGUGGAGCCGCUUUCGAGUCGCGCAGCUUGGCAAUGGCAUCAAAGAGAGCAAUGCACUCUUCAAGCACCUGGCGGAGAAGUGCGACCCCCUUGCAGCCAAGGCCAAGGAGGGCAAGGAGCGGCUCCUUCUGGUCGUUGGCUACCUGGGGUCGCGCUACCGCUGCAGUGCCUACCAGAACGAACGGGAGGAAGCGAGUCUGCCGUCCGUUGAAGGAGCCCUGAUUUCCGCAGUGCGGCGUGCCUGGGGGGACGUCUUCCUGUCCGCUGUGCGCAGCGCGCGGACAGACCGCGGCUUCCACGCGGCCGAGAACGUCAUCAUCCUCACCUUGAGGCCCUGCCUGCGUGACGACGCCGCCCUGCUGCGGGAGCUGCGAGACUCGGACAUCCGGCUGCUGUCACCGGUGCUGCCGGUAGCAUCCCUGGGCCCCAAUGCGACGAUCUUUGACAAGGUGUACUGCCCACGGCGCCGGUCCUUCAAUGUCUACAUCCCGUACUGGGCCCUCGUGACCGAGGAAGAGAAGGCCGCCUUCGCCCAGAGUGAGCGUCUCGGUGGCGUGUGGUUCGGACCACUGCACGACAGCUGCGUUCCGGAAGACGUGCGCGAACUGCUGGCCGAGCUUGGCAUCCCCGUCACCCUGGAGGACAUCGAGUUCGAGACAGGCAAGGGCCAUGUCCAGGUGCGCCUUGGUGAGGAAGCGGCCCGAGCGGCUCUAUGCCAACUCAAUGGCCGGCAGUGGCACGAAAGCGUCCUGGUCGCGCUGCCAUUAUCCGAGGCCUUGGGCAAGUUCACAGUCCACCGAAGAGUGCGGAAAGCCCUGAAGGAGCUGAAAGGCGGCCCCGCAGCCCGCAAGGGCCUCCGGUCCUACCACAACUUCCUCUGGCCCUCGCCGGCUCCACGCGAGCCGUCCGCCAUGAGGCAGCUCUUCCACUGUUCCGCUCAGGGCCUUGAAGCCCAACGGCGUGGUGAAGGUGCGCAUUGGUCCGAUGCAGACUGGACGGCCGUGACCUUUGCGGCUGCAGACUUCGGCCCCCAACAGGUCCGACGGAUGGCUGGGGCUUUGGUGGCCGUGGCUCGGGGCUCGGAGGAGUUGGCCUACAUUGCGCGCUGCUUCGAAGAUGAGCCCGUGCACGUGCCACCGGUGCCUGCAGAGGCCGUGGCCUUAGAGGCCGUGGAGCUCGGGCCACCCAAUGCUGCCUGGCGUGGGCCUGCGCGUGUCGACGAGGGCCAGGCCGCGCAGAUGCGCGCAGAGAUUGAACGGCGGGUGCGCGCGGAAGCCUUCCAGCCGUGGAAGGACUUCCUGGCCGGCCUUGCGCGCGGCGCCACGCGGUCGGCGCUCACGGCUGAGUUGGCGGAGGCGGCACGGUCCGGCGAAGUGUCGGGCGUCCUCCAGGCCCUGGACAGGGGUGCUCUGCCCGAUGUCCCCAACGAGUAUGGUGAGACUGCCACCUUUCUGGCCGCACUGGCUGGUGCCACCGAGGUCGUCCAGGUGCUCGCUUCUCGGAGGGCAGACCUCACCAUUCGUGACAACGCCGGCCUAAGUCCUCUUCGAGCAGCUGAGUUGCUCGGAUUCCGCGACACCAUGGCCGCCCUCGCAACUGCUGGGGCAGAGGCAACGCCAGCAACGCCGGCACAGGGGUACGGAGCCAUUCCCCGAGCGCCCGCAGCUCCCAGGUGUCAAGUGCAGGUGACGAGAGUGAUCCCGCUGGGCGUCGAGCACGCCGGCGCGGGGACGACUGUGGUGGACCACGCCUUCGACGAUGCGUUCUUGGAGCGGCUCGAUGAGCUCUGGAAGCGGCUGCCCUUAGCGCCGAAGCAGAAGGCAUCCCCGACGGAUCGGGCCUACUAUCACGAUGUGGAAGGCUGGCUGACUGGCACGUUGAACGAAGCGGUGCGAGCUGCCCAGCUCGGGGAUGCAGCUGCUGCAAUGCCCCAUAUGCGCUUCCUCAUCUACCCCGAGCCAGGAGGUUCCCUGCCGGCACACGUGGACCUCUCCCGUACGGAGCAGAACCUCCGCUCCACCUAUACUUUUCUGCUCUACCUCAGUGAUUGCCUGACAGGUGGAGAGACCACCUUUCUGCAGUGCUUGGAUGGGGACGAGAUUCUGGCGCCCAGCGGCGGCGUGGCCCCAGGAGAGCGGACGGAGGUUGCUGCCGUGAGCCCAGCACGUGGGCGGCUGCUGCUGAUGCCGCACGCCUGUCCUCACCUGGCAGCACCGGUGGUGGAGGUCCCGAAGGUGCUGGUGAGAGGUGAGGUGCUCCCACCAGGCGGCUCUAUCCCUGCCGCUGCGGCCGAGCCAGCGAAUGACGGACACGAUGUCCAGGAGUCCUUCUUGGACCCAUACGAUGAUGCCAAGUGGUCCAAGAGCUUCGCCCUCUUCUUCAAGGGCGUGGAGGAUUGCCCCAUCUGCUACAAUGUGAUCCAGCUCACCACGCAGACGAUCCCCAGAAAGGCGUGCCCAACCUGCAAGCACAAGUUUCACAACGAGUGCCUUUACCAGUGGUUUCGGUCCUCUUCCAAGACGACCUGUCCUCUCUGCAACCAGCCGUUUUGA